AAAAAACAGAGGAUUCAUCUUCAACUCUGAUUCAAGAUACCAGACGGGUCGUCAAGAUUUCCAAAGAAUGAAUGAAUGGAAGUGAAGGCCCAAGAUCUGAGAAUGGGAGAUAGUGAGAUUGAGCAAGAAGCCCGAGAUGUGGCAACUGUUCAAAUUCGACAACAAACAAUACACAUUCCCGAAGGAUUGAUGAGACUUGUAAAGAAAUGCUUGUUAUCCGAGGAAGACACGAGAGAAUCCUUUUCAGUCAUCUGUGGUGGUCAUGUCAAUCACUUCCAGGCAGAAUCAUUUGAUGAGCUAUGGGGUUGUGGGUGGAGGAAUAUUCAGAUUUUGAGCUCCCAUUUGAUAGAAAAGGAGGAGAUGAAAGAUGUGCUCUUUGGAGGAGCUUCCUUCGUUCCAUGUAUUUUGGCAUUGCAGAAAUGGUUGGAAUUAGGGUGGAGAAAAGGAUUCGACGUCCAAGGAGCUCAAGAAUUCGGUUGGAAUAUCAUUGGCACUUGUAAAUGGAUUGGCUCCACUGAGUGUGCUGCACUCUUCCGAUCAUUCGGCCUAAGAGCAAAUAUUGUGGAAUUCAAAUGCCAUUCUUCAGCUUCUGCUCAAUAUAAUCAUCAUUCUGAAGAAGAGAAUUCUGAUUACCCAUUCGGCAGAGACAAUGAAAUCUAUGCUCGCCACAGACAUAAAGUCAUGAUUGAUUGGAUCUGGAGAUAUUUUCUUUGUGGGUACAAGGAAUCGGAAUCUGCUGGAGAUAAGCACAACAAUCGAGUUAUGAUCAGCAAUAGAUCGGUGAGUUUGAGGAUGUGCUACACAUUUCGAAAAGGCUUUAAAGACUACAAUAAAAUGUAAUUGGUAGGUAUAAUGCUAGACUUUACAACCUUUGCUAGCAUCCUCCCAGCCUGUGUCAAAUGGGAGCUUUCGAACAGGGUAUGGAGAUCCAACAAAGCAUAAAGGAUAGACAAAUUUUCUCCUAGGCAGUUACAACUAUUUUGGUUGACAUUUAUGCAAAAUCUAGCUACUUAUUCAUAAGUAGUUUAUUUUUUAUAGCAUAGACA